CAGUUAUUCAGUGAAAAAAUAAGUGGAGCAGAAGGAACAAAGUUAGAUGAGGAUUUUCAAGAGAUGGAAAGGAAAAUUGACAUUACUAAUAAAGCUGUAACAGAGCUUCUCUCCAAAUCCACAGAGUAUCUUCAGCCAAAUCCAGCAUACAGAGCCAGGCUGGGAAUGCUGAACACUAUGUCAAAGAUCAGAGGCCAGGUUAAAACCACAGGCUAUCCCCAGACAGAGGGACUCCUGGGAGACUGCAUGAUACGGUAUGGCAGAGAGCUUGGCGAUGAUUCUAUGUUUGGCCUUGCACUACUGGAUGCUGGUGAGAGCAUGAAGCAAAUGGCAGAAGUAAAGGACUCGCUUGAUAUUAAUGUCAAACAAAAUUUUAUUGAUCCUCUACAGUUAUUACAGGACAAAGACUUAAAAGAGAUUGGGCAUCAUUUGAAGAAACUAGAAGGACGACGUUUGGAUUAUGAUUAUAAAAAGAAGCGUUUUGGCAAGAUACCAGAUGAAGAAGUUAAACAAGCAGUAGAAAAAUUUGAAGAGUCAAAGGAACUGGCUGAAAGAAGCAUGUUCAAUUUCUUAGAAAAUGAUGUAGAACAAGUCAGCCAGUUGGCUGUGUUUGUAGAAGCAGCACUAGAUUACCAUAAACAAUCCACAGAAAUUUUGGAGGAUCUGCAGAGCAAGCUGCAAAACCGAAUAAAUGUAGCAUCUAGUCGGCCGAAACGUGAAUUUAAGCCAAAGCCUGUAAUAACUACGACUCUGGAAAUUGGUGAUAAUCAGCAGCACAAUGGGAUUGCCUAUAGUUCUUCCAUAAAAUCAUCAGGUUCUUCAGUGCACAUGGAUCAGCCUUGCUGCCAAGCUCUCUAUGACUUUGAGCCAGAAAAUGAAGGCGAGCUUGGGUUUAAGGAAGGGGACAUCAUAACUCUGACCAAUCAGAUUGAUGAGAAUUGGUAUGAGGGGAUGCUGAGUGGAGAGUCUGGCUUCUUCCCCAUUAAUUAUGUUGAAGUGAUAGUUCCCUUGCCUCAGUGAUUGUGUCAUUCAAGCUGUGAACAUGAUUUCAUGACUGAAAUGGAUUCACAAAUGUUCUGUCAGUGUGGCAUUCUGUGAAAGCCUUGCUAUUUGACUGACUUACUGACUUUUGUAUGCGUCUUUUUAAAAUGUAUUUAUUUUAUAUUCCAAAAAACUUCACCUACCCUGAUUUGUCAACCUGCAAAAAAACCCAUACCCAGUUUUUUUGCUUUGUGCCUUGAAGAUCACUGUAUGGAGUGUUUACUGGUAGCUCACUGUUGCUCCAAAAAUGCAUUUCCUUGCUGUUAUUGUAUGUGGAUUUUUUUUUAUCUUUGGCUGCAAUGAUUUUACUAUUGAAAACCAUUUUUAAAAAUACUGUUAGUGAAGCUAACUGUAACCAGUUCCUGAGUUACUGAUGUCAUUGAGCUCUUUUCAUCUAUCACAUUGUAAUUUAUUGUGAACAAGUUACUACAUCUUUCACAUUGUAUGUUGACAAAAGGCAAAGUGGUUGUUGUCAAUAUUAUGAUGAUGUUGUACUAAGUACAAGUUCUCAGCAUUGAAAUUCCUAUAAUUUACUGACCCAAUUGAAUAAAUAUUUCUGUGGGAUAAGAA